AUGUCCCAUAAUUUUGAGAAAUCAGUAAAGGGGGCCACCAAGAUUAAGCUCGCGGCCCCUAAAUCUAAAUACAUAGAGCACAUCCUGGUAGCGACCCAUACAGGAGAAGCGGGGGUAGCAGAAAUAUUUCGAACUAUCCAGCUUCGGCUACGCGAUUCAACAUGGACCAUAGUCUUCAAAGCCCUCAUUGUCAUACAUAUCAUGGUAAGGGAGGGGCAAUUGGACGCUACACUACAGUAUAUGGCGGAGAACCCGAGGAAGCUUGCAAUCAGCGGAUUCUCAGAAGUUCAGUCACAAGGACAUAACAUCCGGAGAUACUCCGAUUACCUUAUCGCGCGCGCAAAUGCAUUCGAGGCCACCAAAACGGAUUAUGUACGAAGCGGGCAGGGACGUAUGAAGAGGUUGACGGUAGAGAAAGGCCUCUUGAGAGAAACAGAGAUUGUACAAAGACAGAUCCAUGCGCUGUUACAGUGUGAUCUGUUGACAGAUGAAGUUGAGAACGAAAUUACGUUAACAGCCUUUCGCCUGCUCACCUUGGAUCUCCUGACGCUUUACUCAGUCAUGAACGAGGGCACGAUCAACGUUUUGGAGCAUUACUUCGAAAUGUCGCGGCCUGAUAGUGAGCGUGCGCUGGAGAUUUAUAAGACUUUUACCCAACAAACAGAGGAGGUCGUGAAAUUUCUAGGUGUCGCUAGACAUUUCCAAGCAGCAACACGACUAGAAAUACCCAAGCUGAAGCACGCCUCUACGGACCUUACUCGACUCCUUGAAGACGACCUUAAUGACCCAGAUUUUGAUCAGCGACGAAGAGAAUAUCUCCUGCGAAAGGGAGGAAAGAGCGGCAACCCGGGUCCGACAUUCGCAUCCAGCAACACAGCUGGAGCAGGAAAUAGGUCUGUCAGCAAUCCUGAACCACCUCGACCCCACACACAACCUGCCUCGCAAAAGAAAGAGAACCCGGCCGACUUGAUCGAUUUCUUCGAUUCUAUCGAUCCGCAACCCCCAGCACAACAGAACCCUAUGCAGCUACCACAUCUACAGCAGCAAGCGCAAGCGCAAGCGAUGCAAUUCCAACAGACGGGCUUCCAACCGCAACAGCCAGUGUUCUAUCCCCAACAAACCGGGUUUCAACAACAGGCGCAGCCGACGGGAUUUGCCCAGGCUAUGCCGGCUGGAGAUUCCUUUGCACAGCAGAGUACCAACCCAUUUGGGCAACAGCAAGCUCAGCAGCCACAGCCACUUCAGCCAACCCCAACUGGUGCGGGAUUUGGUGGUUACUCAGCGCAGCCGCAGACAUAUGGAUUCCAACAGAAUCUUGCUCCUGUUCCCCAGAACAAUCUUGCGCCAUUUCCCCAGCAACAGCAACCAAUGCCCGGUGCGCAGUUACAACCGCAAACAACGAACCCCUUUAGACAGUCGAUGUUACUGAGUACCCCAACCGGAACCGGCAUGCCGGCAUCUCCACUGAACCGCCAGAGCACAAACCCUUUUGCGCGACGGUUGUCGAGCGCCAACCUGCCGCCGUUCAAUGCUAGUACGCCGCCGCAGCAACCGCCUCCACAGACAGCACAACCACUACAACCCCAACGAACGGGGACUAAUCCUUUUGCUCGAAGCUCUUCGGUUCCUCCGCAGCAGUCACAAGGCCUGCAACCUCCUGCGCCGGCGCCUCUGCGGCCCAAUCCAACUGGAAGCACCAAUCCUUUCCGCCAAAGUGCCUUUGUCAACCAACAGACUGGCCAGGGGUGGCAUGUCGGUGGCCAGCAAGGGACCAUGGGCGGUUAUGAGCAGCUGGAGACUGUGCCGGUGUUUCCGCGGCCCGGAAUGUAA